AUGGCCGACUCCGUCUUCCGCUCGGGAGACCAGCCAUCCAACUCUCAAAACCAUUCACAACCAAAGCGCAUCCGCCUCUCGUUGGCCUGUAACCAGUGCCGGAAGCGCAAGGUGAGAUGCGACGCCCAAACGCCUAAAUGUCACAACUGCAUCCUCCGGGGUGACAACUGCGAGACGACAAAUCCCAGAAACCCAAACCAGCAUGCAGUCCGCAGAUGGGCUGCUAAGAAUAGUACAACACAGAGCGAAGGCAGCAGCAUACAUGAGGCGUCUGAGACGCCGCGGGCUCAUCCGCACCUUCGAACUGCCUCGCCCAGAGCGCGACAGUACCUCUCUCCUGCGUACGACGACGGCUCCGAAGGUGGAGAUGUCGCGUCUCGAAAGAUGUCGUGGGUGGCUCAAGCCUACCGCGCCAACGCCCGCGAUAACCAAAGCCCGCAUGAGCACUCGGAGCUCAAUCCUGACAUGGCCCUGAACACCGACGAGAGUCCACAUCGGCUAAAGUUCAUGGGCGGCAGCAGCGUUCAGUCUUUGACAAUGUUUGCCGACCUAUUUUUCCGCAAACGCGGUCUGAAGCCGCUGUCGCCCUACUUCCGGUUUGGUAUGCAUCACGUUGAAGAAUAUCAAGUCCCCCUGUCGUUCCAGCUGCCGUCGCUCCCUCCACUUCCAACACUGGACGCAUAUCUAGAUGUGUACAUGAAGCGGAUCUUCCCACUGUUUCCUGUGUUUAAUGAGCCCACGCUUCGCUCCGAGUUGGGUCGGCUCUCAACACUCCAAGACUCGGACUCCUCUGUCGGAUUGCAGAACCUCAUCGAACCGUCCCAGGUUCCCCUCUUAGUGUGUAUCUACAGUAUAAUCUGCAUCGGAGCUGAUGAAGAGAUUUGUUCGCUCACUGAGGUGGGCACCCAUUACUUGACAGCAGCUUACAGUCUGUUGGCGCACGUCAUCUCCACCCCAUACUUGGCCUCAGUGCAAGCCCUCGUUCUAUUGACCAUUGCACUGCGCGGUCGGAGUAAGGAAGGUCAAGGCUGGCAGACUCUUGGCCAAGCCAUACGCAUCGCCCACUCCAUCGGCCUCCACCGACAUGCGUCGACAAAACACCGUGGCAACCCAACCGAACCCGGGACCUCGGUGCCGUCGCUCGGGUACCAAGCAGACCGAAAACUUCACAGUCGAGUAUGGUGGACCUGCUACAAUCUCGAGAAGCUAAUGGAGCUGGAAACCGGUCGUCCAAGUGCGAUACAUGACUCGGACUGUGACCACAGGCUACCAGAUUCUGUACCUAUCCCCAGUGCUGGAAUAGUAUCAUUAUCAGCCUCGGAAGCCCAGAAUAGCCAUCAGACUAUCGACUACUUCCAGCCCUGGGCUUCAUUGAGUCGCAUAAUUAGCAGCAUCAGCGCUCAUAUCUACCGCAGGUCAGGACAAUCUCAGACCUCUCGAAUUUUGCUAGGCGAUACUGUCCGCCUGGACUUGGCGCUUACCGAGUGGGCCCAGUCACUGCCGCCUGAGAUCCGCCCUCCAGGCCUGAAUAGCGGAAACGUGAUUUUGUGUGAGAAGGGUCACAAACAUCUUGCAAUCUUCUUGGCUAUUCAGUAUCACCAUGCUCUUAUAUCUCUCCAUAGGGCGGCUCUGGUGUUUCCCGAGUCCAUGUAUCGAACACAUAUCAACUCGCAAGCGGACUCCGGUACAUUGACAGCUGUAGAGCUCACGCGCCUCAGGCGCGGGGCUGAGAUAUGCAUCGGCUCAGCAAGAGCGAUUGUGAGACUUGUUGGGGAAAUAGCCGAUGACUCUUCGCCGACGCCUCGGGCAAGAGGCAGAAUGUUCGGCGAGGUUCCCCAUACCAAAUCAGAAUCGAUGAUCUUUACCAUCACGCAACCACUCAUCUCAGCUGUGGCUCUAGCACUGCAUAUCCUCAAGCAACCUAGCUCCAGGCUUGCACGCUCUGACCUGGAGCUCUUAGGUAUAGCGGCACAGUAUGCAGAAGAGCAAUACACCAACGUCUCGCAGAACCCCCGCUUCAUCCAGGCGUGUUCGGUCCUCCAAUCAAACAUGUCUGAAAUUGUAUCCUUUCACCGGCAAAAUCGCGGCUCAACAAGCUACAUCGCCAUGGAAUCUACACGAAGCGAACGUACGCCGGUAGAGGAUCCAAAUGCUGGAAUUAUCGCUGCGGAUAUAGACAUCAUGGACUUUGAACUUCCAGACUUGACCGGAUUGUUCACUGAGAUCAGUAACACUGAUCUCUUUGGAGGUGUCUGA